AGCUACAGCGCCACCUUUCGUGAAAUUUAAGGAUGAAUAACUCUUACACUCAAGAAAUUUGAGGUUUGUCUUGCUCUACAAGAAAGCUGUUUGCAUGCAACACAAGAGAAAAAGAGGAAAAUUUAACUAAGCGUCGCCGAACUAAUCUUGAGGGCGACAGCAGAAAAAAGAAACACUGACGUCCUUCCUUACAGAAAGUUUUCUCCUUACAUAAAGCAAGAUGAACGCUAGUCAGAGCGGAGGCGGUGGCAGCAUGGGGUCCGAUGAAAUAUAUACCUGUGACUAUAAAUCUGGAGACAGUAGUUCUGGCGGGUCUAUUAGUCUCAAGAUAUUGGUGCCAAACGCAAUAGCAGGAGCUAUCAUUGGCAAAGGUGGCGAAACAAUAGCUCGAGUUCAAAAUGAAGCUGGUGCUAAACUGAAAAUGUCCAAGUCCAACAAUUUCUAUCCAGGCACGACUGAAAGGGUGUGCUUGAUUACUGGGCCAUUCGAAGCCGUCCGCAAAGUACAUAACUUUAUAAUGGAAAAGAUUCGUGAAAAACCAGAUUUGAAUACUAGAUGUGACGACUAUCGUGGACCUUACGAACGAAAUCAACAAAUCAAAAUCCUCGUCCCUAACAGUACUGCCGGUAUGAUAAUCGGCAAAGGAGGCAAUUUUAUUAAACAGAUUAAGGCAGAAAGCGGAGUAUCAGUGCAAAUAUCACAGAGCCAGAAAGGUACAUAUAUACCAGAACGAUGUGUUACGAUUGCAGGCGAUGUGGAUGGUAAUAGAACGGCAGUCGAUAUGAUCUUACGAGUUAUAGCUGAAGAUCCUCAGAGUGGCUGCUGCCCUAAUAUAAGUUAUGCUGAAUUCUUGGGUCCCAUGUCAGGAAACAAUUCAAAUGCUUUACCCUUCACUCACAUGAACUAUAGAAACCAAGAUCAGAUGGGUUUAGCAGCGAAUAACAACUUGGGAAGUUUCAAUUUCGGAUUUAACAAUUUCGGAAAUAAUUCUAACUCUAAUGUAUCUAACAUGAGUGUAAACAAUGCUAACCUUGGUGGUGGAGGUUCAGGAGGAGGUGGUGCUGCCGGAGGAGCAAUCAACAGCUCAGCACUAGAAAACUUAAAAGUAACACUUCGUAACUAUGGAUUCACCGAUAUGGCAAUUGAAGAGAUAGGAGCAGCGAUGAGUACAUUGGCUAAUUAUGGUAUUCUUACCAACAUUGGUUUAAACCUAGGAGCCCUUAACAACUUAGGCACUGGAAGUGGUGGACUCAACCUGCAAGGCCCACAAGGUUCAAAUAUGAUGUCUGGUUGUAACACGCCCACUACCAGUGUUAGCAACCCGUUUGUCAAUAGCAGUAACAAUAACUGUAUUUUUGGUCCCGUCGGCAGCUGCCCGUCAGCGAUGGAGAAUUUUGCAUCAACAUGCGCUAGUACCAGUCCCUUCAAUAAUUCCUCAGCAAAUAUGAACAGCGACAGGUUUGGUGGUAGCCCAAUGUUAAGUGAUUCAUUUGGCACUGCUGUCAACUACUCAAUGAAUAAUCCAGUUUUUGCAGCAGGUCCAAGUACUUCUGGUGACCAAAUGAAGAAUCAGAUGUCUUUUGGACAUAAUUCGUCUGUGUACAGCCCUACAGAAGACAAGUCCGGACCGACAACGAAGAAUGAAAUAGAGGUUCCAGAAACUAUUGUUGGAGCCAUCCUCGGACCAGGUGGCAAGGGAAUUGUCGAACUUCAACAGAUGACCGGAACAAACAUUCAGAUAUCAAAGAAGGGUGUGUACGUCCCUGGUACUCGAAACAGAGUGGUUACUAUUACCGGUACGCCCAAUAGCAUCACAAAGGCUCAGAUACUUAUUCAACAACGUUUACAACAGGAAGAAAUGAAACGGGCGCGACAACCACUGGCUCGUUAAUGUAAUUAUAUAUAUAUGUAUAUAUAUAUACAUAUAUAUAUGUGUAUAUAUAUAUAUAUAUAUAUAUAUUGUAUGCGUGUGAAAUCAAAUCUCACGAGCUUCAUUCUUCAAGUUUUCAUUGAUUAUUGUGGGUUUACAAACAGGAUAAAAUGUACUAGAUUAGAAUGUUUUUAGAUAUUCACCACACGUGUUAUAGAGGAGGUUAGCUGGUCGCUGUCAUUUUCAAAAAAUAUCCUUUGAACAUCUUUUUAACUCUUCAAUUUAUAUGUGGAUAAUUGUCUAUAUAACGGUGUAGUACUAUUUCUCACUAACAUUUUUUUAGAAGUUUAUUCAGUUGAAGAAAUUUUGGUGGCAAUUUAUAUAAAUGUGCCGGAUCACCAGAAAUAUCUACACACAUACAUUACUCACACACAUAUAUUCACACACACAGAAUGUGUUUUAUUUUCUUCAUUUUUUUUUUUUACCUUUUGCAAAGAUAGUUUUUAUUUCACUUCCAUUAGAUAAAUUGUUAUUAUUUAUUUGUGAGUUUACAAGAAUCAAUUGGAUUCUUUCCGCCAAAUUUGUUUUAAAAUGUAAUCAUCUUUCUCCAGUGACUUCUCACUUAAAUGGCUUGUUCAUAAACUUGUUACUGUAUUCAUUUUGCUACAAUUAUUAUUAUUAUUAUUAUUUUAUUUUUUUGUUAGUGGCAGCUUUUUUGCUUAAUCAUUUUUCAUCACCUGCCGAAGAACGAACAGGACUAGGUUAGAACGAAUGUUUCCCAUCAAAAUUUCAAUUUUUUCAACUAUUUUGUAAGUUCCUCUUAAUUUAUUAAUUAGCAAAAUGAAAAAUUUGUUAAAUAUUUAAACUUGUGUGCGUAUUGUAUGUAAAUAAUAGUCUUUAAUGCUUGUAACCAUGGUAUUUUCCAGUGUGGUCCCCAAAUCUUUAUACUUUCACUUUUGACAAACAUAUGUAUACAGACAAAUAAUAGCCGUUUGCAAAUAAGGACUUGUACAUGUGUAUACACACGUGUACUUAAAUAUAUAUAGAUAUAUACGUGUGUGUGUGUGUGCGUAUAUAAGUACGCGUGUAUUCAUAAAUAGUUGAAUAUUCAAAUAUAUGUUUGUACACGUGUAUAUUUGAGUGUGUGUGUGUGUAUGUAUAUAAACGCAUGUGUAUACAUAUUUAUGGGUUUAUUCAUAUAGCUAUACAUAUAUGUAUAUAUACUUACAUUUGUGUUUAUAGUCCAACCCAAUCCAGCAUAGAAAAAUAUACGUUAAAUGAGGAUUAUAUAUGUACACACACACAUUCACAAAAUUAUAUAUAUAUAUACAUACACACACACACACACAAAGGUGAGUCAUUAUUUACAAUGCACUUAAUUUUUUCCCUACUGGCAGGAAGAUUGGUUGUGUGUAUAUCACUAGAUGUGGUCUCCCUCAAAUUCCUAUGAGUUAGGUUUGAACUGGAAAUAUCAGUUAAGUAAGUUAUGUUCACCAUGGCCACUUUGCUUUCUGUUUGCUCAAAGAAGAGCAACUUUCAGUGAUCCAUAUUCUGUAGGCUAAGGGUAUAUCGGGGACAGAACUCUAGUGAAAGUUUUUGACACAGUAUGAGAACAGUGUGUUGUUGCGACAGACUACAUAGUAAUCAGUUGAAUUCAAA